AUGUCGAGACGGGAAAAAGAUCAACUUCAUUUAGCAAGAAUUAAUUUUUUGAACCUUAUCGGACAAUCAAACCCAAGUGACGCGUGGAAGCUUUUUUGUCUUGUCACUCCGAAUAUUACGGAAGAACAAGUGUCUGAAUGGGGAAAUUUGUUGAAAACUGAGAUAGACGAGGUUUCCGAAAUUGCGAGUGACGAUCAAGCGGAAACUUCCAGUAAACUCACUUUGACAACCAUUCCACCAGAUGUUGUGGAAAUGAUUGUUAGAACAAUCGACAUUGAAUCUGAGAAAAAUGUCAGAUUGACUGCUAAAUAUUUAAAGCAAAUCGUUGAUGCAAGGGACACAAUGAUCAAUCGGGUGCAUAUUCAUUUGUGCUCGCAGACAGUGGGAAUUGAGGUUCACGAGGUCACAAAAGAGGAACCGGAAACAUACUCAUUCAACGUUUCCGUGAUACCUGGGGUGAAUCAUAUUGACAACGCUGUGAAGAAAUUUGAAGAAAUAAUCAGUAAACCGAACACCAAAAUCAAUCAUCUGAAAAUUGAUUGGGUGAGAAGUGAAGAAAAUCGAGCAAGUUAUGACGAACUGUUAAAAUCAUUGGCAGUCUCCUUAGCUGAUUUUGUUGAAAAAGUGCAUGUUGAAGAACUGACAAUAGAUGUUAAUGCUGUGGAACAUCUGGAGAAUCUUAUAUGUUCCCUUAAGCCGGACAUUUUGAAAAGACUGUAUGUGAUUGGGCCUCCGACAUGUGGAAAUGAUAAGUUCGACUUCUCUAACAUUGUAAUUCUACCUCAGUGGAAACAUCUCUCAGCAUUCACUUCUUCUUGUUGUGAGCUGAUUUGCCCCAUACAUCAUCUCUAUCAUAUUUCAAACUUAAGAAUCAAAAUGGCUAGCACUUCUCCAAUAGAUAUCGUGGGUUAUAGAGAUACCUUGAUCGUCUCUCAGCAAAGAAUAGAUCAUGAGAUUACAAUCAGCCACGACAUGGAAAACACAAAACAGAUGCUGGAGCCAUACAUUGAUUGUAGCAGAUUGACAACAUGUCGUGGAUACUACAUCCGAUCAAAUGAAAAAAGAUUGACAUUCGAGCUGAAACAUAAUAAAAUAAUUUUCAGUACUAUGCAGUUUUUAAUGUGA